GCCGCCGCCAUGGAGGGGGUGCUCUACAAGUGGACCAACUACCUGAGCGGCUGGCAGCCUCGAUGGUUUCUUCUCUGUGGUGGUAUCUUGUCCUAUUAUGAUUCUCAGGAAGAUGCCUGGAAGGGAUGUAAGGGAAGCAUCCAGAUGGCUGUGUGUGAAAUUCAAGUCCAUCCCGCAGACAACACGCGGAUGGACCUGAUCAUCCCUGGGGAACAAUACUUCUAUCUGAAGGCAAGAAAUGCCGUGGAGAGGCAGAAGUGGCUGGUUGCACUAGGAACUGCCAAAGCUUGCCUCACAGACAGCAGGACGCAGAAGGAAAAAGAGUUCACUGAAAAUACGGAAGCCUUGAAAACUAAAAUGUCUGAGCUUAGGCUGUACUGUAACCUCCUUGUUCAGCAAGUGCACAAAACUAAGGAAGCCAGCAUUUCUGGUGCAUCAGAGCCAGAGAGCGGGAUUGAUAUGGGAGCUCUGUUGAAAUCGACCUGUGACACCUUCCUGAAGACCCUUGAAGAAUGUAUGCAGAUUGCAAAUACCGCCUUCACUUCUGAGCUGCUGCAUCACACUCCGCCUGGAUCCCCCCCGUUGGCAGUUUUCAGAUCAAACAAGAUGAAACACUCGGUCUUGUCCAGUCACACCACAAUAGAAAAGCAAAUGGAAUUGAACCCCUGUGAAAAUGGCUCUGUAAAAGCAGAAUUUAACCAUCAAGAGCAAGCCCUUAUUAAAAGCUUGGCACAUUUAACCCUAGAAACAAAUGUGGGGAGCAGUGAUGUUCCAGUUGAAGACCACCUAGAAGAGAAUUUGGCAGGUGAAUGUAUGAGAGAAGAUGGAGAGAGCARGCUGCAAGCUGUGGAAGGCUUUGGUACCCACAAGUUGCUGCAGUCAGAAACAGAUUCUGUGUGUGGAUCAACUUUAUCGUGUGAGGAAGACGGAAAUGAAAAAGAUUUUCCUACCUUCUUCAGCGUCAUGAGCAAUAGGUUCAGUGAUAUUGAGCUCCGUGAGGAGGAGGGCAUACCAACAGAGGAGUUUCUGGAGUCCUGUUAUGCAAUCGUGCCYGUUCUGGACAAGCUGGGACCGACUGUUUUUGCUCCUGUUAAAAUGGAUUUUGUAGGUAACAUUAAGAAAAUAAACCAGAAAUUUAUAACCAACAAGGAAGAGUUUGAUACCCUUCAGAAGAUAGUGCUCCAUGAAGUGAACGCGGGGGUAGCACAAGUCAGAAACUCUGCGACGGAGGCUCUGUUGUGGUUGAAAAGAGGCUUGAAGUUCUUGAAAGGAUUUUUAACAGAAGUGAAGAAUGGAGAAAAGAAUAUCCAGACAGCUCUGAACAAUGCUUAUGGGAAGACGUUAAGGCAGCACCACGGCUGGGUUGUACGCGGGGUCUUUGCGCUAGCUUUAAGGGCGGCUCCAACGUAUGAAGACUUUGUGGCAGCACUGUCUGUGGAGGAGUGCGACGCUCAGGAAGAAACCUUUUAUAAAGGGAUGCAGAGGGACCUCAGCAUUUACUUACCAGCCAUGGAAAAGCAGCUAAAUAUCCUGGACACUCUCUAUGAAGUACAUGGUUUGGAGUCAGAUGAGGUGGUAUGACAGCAGCAAGACGGUGUCUUCAAACUUCAGGGACUGCGUCUGUUAACAAAGUGUUUUUUUGUGUCCUUGUUUCUGAACAUCACUUCUGCUUGUUGCGUAUCUUCCAUUGGGAAGGGUGUGAGUGCUUUUUUCGGGGAAGGGUGUGUAUGAAUAUGUGUGUUUUGUAUUUUUUUAUGCUUGUUUUGUGUUUCCAUGCAGAGGUACUGUUUCUGUUGGGGUCGUAGCUGUGUCUGCGAUGAAUGCUGUCGGCUCCGCAGCUCUGCCUCUCUCCUGCCCUGCUCCCUCCCCCUGUUAUAUUGUGCAGGGAGGAGGAGUGGAGCGUGGCCAGCAUGGAGCAGGGCCUCGUAGGGCAGCAGGGUGGCCUGCAGCAGCAGCCCCUGCCACAGGCUCCGGGUGGCCCGUGCGGUGGCACUCGCCCUGCUGCCACCGGCAGCAGCUGUGUAGGAGGACAGGGGUAAGGAGCAUUAUUGUCACCCUGCUGGCAGGAGGAGGCUGGCAUCUAACUGCAGCUUCAUCAGAUGUGCAGUGAGUUUAUCCUUUUUCUUUGACUUGCUCUGGAUGGAAGCCCUUUUGCCGUUCAACUCGCCGCCCCAGACAGUGGGGAUCUGCACCACGAGCUGCUGCCCUGAGCUUCCCCAGGAGGCUGCUGUUGAAAGGGGACACCGGUCGCUGCGUUCCCUGCACGGCUGCCACGUUCUCCCUCUCGGCUUUCCAGCCGCCAGGACAAUCCCACGCCAAGCUUCCCUGCGCCCUCCAGGGCAGCCGGGUGCUCCGGCCCACACGGUGCCUGAGGAGGGCUCGGAGAGGACGGCUGCACAGGAUGGUCUGCUCUGCUCUUGGUCAGGUUGGCAGCCAGGGGAAUGGGCUCCACUAGGUCUCAGCUCUCCUCAGCACACUGUGGUGCAAAGGAAAAUCAUGUUCAUCAUGCUGGGAUUUGGGAGGGUCGGUUUGGGGUUUGAGGCUUUUUGAAAUCAAAUUCACAUGAAGGUCUAUAAAUUGAACACAGCGAGCAGUUUGUAAUCAGUUUGUCUCAAAACCCUUGCUUAGUCUGUGGCAUUAUGAGCAGAAGCUUCAUAAAAGCAGAUAUGAAGUGAYUGAAGUCGGAGGGAAGUUAUAAUUUGGCACUGAGCCGUAUACGUUUGGCCACUUACAAGCCUUUAAAUCCAAAUUGUGUAAAAGUGAUAGGGUUUUAGGAAAAGAACCCGUCUGCUUUUUUCCCCUCUUUUGCWGGUAGAGAUGAUAAUGUUGUCUUUUGCACAAAGUUAUCCAAAGCCCUUUGUCACUACUGAGACUCACUUACGCCUUGAACUGGCAGUAAGUAAUUCAUAAACCUUGUACUGGCCUUCGACAUGAGUUAGGAAUUUUGCCCUGCACCAUCUCACUUAUUAAAAGGACACAUAACUAUUAUUUUUAAUAGCAGCAGUGCUAAGGAUUGAGUUUAUCAUGUACAGAAGGAGGACUGCUAGUUAGGUGCUUGGAAGGGGACAAAUCUUCAUAAGUACAAGAGAAAUUUCAGCAUUGCCUUCUGCAAGGAAGUAGUGGCUUUCUCUAGGCCAAACCCCCCUGCAAAUCCUGAGGUAGAUGAGUGUGAAGCAGGACUGCUUUCCUGCUGAUGCAGCAUCUCUGGCAGGAGCCUCUCUGCACACACAAUACUUGAUCCUUUCUAUAGAGUCCGCCACUGCUAGCGUUGAGAAGAGCAUGUGAUAAAGGAAGAAAAGGCCAAAUAUCACUUUGUGAAUAAAGCAAAAUACCGGAGCUGUGAUAAGCUGUGGCUAAAUAGUAUGACUUUUCUUCCUCCUUACUUCUCCAGCAUUUCUAAAGUGCUGCUGGCUACCUAUACUUCCAAAAAGAUAAUCACGAUGUAGGAUGUGUUUGUUCUAAAAUAGUAUAUAAAAUAGUAGUACUUAUGUCUAAACAUAAAGUCCAAAGCUAUGGCCAAACUCCAGUUAUUUCAGCAGUUGCAGUGCUAAAAACGAGCCUCUGGGUUUGGAGCCUGUCUACUUUUCUUGAGCAUAAAGAGGCUGAGUGCUGAGAGGCUGCACUUAAGAGUAGAGCGACCAGCUCUCCGUGCAUGUGGUUUCCACAGGGUUUUCAGCUAAUAAUUGGCAAACUGCAGUAGCUCUUAGCUGAGGAAAUAUUGGAGCCCACAUUUCUGUCCAAACACCAGUUGUGGUAGAGGGUGGGCAGGAGGAGGUCCCUCUUGUAAAAUUAAUUGUGAGGGCGUGAUGAAUAUCAGGAUCUCUUUUACUCCAAACUUUUGCAGGAGCAGGAAGGAGUAUCCAGCACUUAAGGACUUGGUGAGUUUGGUUUGUGUGUGUGUGUUUUGUGUGGGAGUGUGUGGGGGUGUGUGGCUUUUUUUUAUAGCAAGAGAACCACUAGUUUGGUUGUAGUGUAUCAAACCCAAGGCUUGAUGCAAAAACAAAGAAGCUUUACUUCUUAAAUAAUAAACUUGACAGCGUCAUGACAGCUUCAGAAAGUACUGACUCCUCUUCCUCUCGCUUGUUACGAUAGAGAGCUCUGUGUGUUGCUCUGUCUAUCCUGGAAGCAGGGGGAUAUCCCACCUGGGAACAGCCUUYCUGGUCCAAAUCCUCUUGGAGAAAUCCAGACUUUUCUGGAUUUUGGACCUGGUGCUUGGGAACUGACUUAUGAGGGACAGUGACUUCAGGAGGCCCCUUGUGCUUGCUAAAUAGGGGAGCUGCAGAGGGGGAGCUGAGCAAGGUCUCCUCUUUUGGUAACCUUAGACUUUCUAAGCUCCUGUUGCAUUACGCACUGCUCUUGCAGUGGGCACUUUUGCCAUUAAUGAAUGUUCCUUUUUUCCACUCCAAGGACCACUUGGAAAGAAGCCUCUACAGCACGUUGCAGAGCUCAGCUCUAGAUAGUUCACCACCAGUCAGGGUGCAACAGAGCAGUUUGCCAGGCGUAAACCAAUGCUCUGCUCCGCAAUUCAGUAGUUUCUUUCUUYGUGCUGUCAGUUCUGCAACCCGAGGAGUGUUACUGAUUUCAGUCAUUCUAGCAAGCAGCUAAUUACUGACCCUCAGUAAUUUGGAGAGGAAGUGUCGUCGUGGCGUGUGUGCGCUUGUGUCUGACAUUGAGACCUGACCCGCACGCUGACGGGCACCCAUGGGACCCUCCCGUCACAGCACCCCGGCYCCGUGUGCUUCCAACAACCGCUCUGGUUUCCUCGGCCGCUCCCGUCGCAGGUGCACAACCCCCCUUUCCUUUAGGAACGCUUUCUGCUCCUUCCUUCCGUGUCAAACAGUUGCACAUUCUCAGGGAUUUUACUUAGCCAUGGCGAAAUAAAAGUAAUGGCAGCCGUGCCCUAGGCUGGUUUUUGUGUAUGGAAUUACCGUAGGGGAGCUGUGGGGCAGCGUGUGGCCCCGGCAGCCCGGGCCCUGGCCUCCCUGCUGGCCAUGGCAAAUCCCAAAGCAGUCCCAUGGAAGUGCUCCCACGUAGGGAAUGACGGCGGGCAGCGUGUUUUAAUGAGGAUCAUACCCAUCUCUCUAACAUAGUGCCACUGGCUUUAGAGCAGAGCUCCCUAAUGGUUUCAGUCGAGUUCUGCGUAGCAGUAGGCGGCUUUAAUUUAUUUUAUUUAUUUUAAGGUUUUUAUUUUAUUUUUUAAUUUUAAACCAGCUACGCUCUGGAGCCCCCUCUGCUAUUUUUUAAGACACAGUACUCGGUUGUGUAUUGAGGAUCUGUGAGAUUACCAUAGCAGAAUAUGAGCUGGAUACUCAAGUGCUUUAGUGCAAACGUAUUGAGUCACUGAAACAUCCUGUUGCGAUACUGCUGCAAUAGGGGUCUGCCCUUAAUAAGAGCACUUAAGGGUCAUAGGCCCUCGCAAGGCCUUGCAAAGCAUCAACAGGAUUUAGUUAGGCAGUUUGCUAUUAAAAAAAAAAUCUCUUAAGAAAAAAAAAAAAUAGUUUCUUGCUUGGCUGGACAUAUAAAAAGCGUGCCCAAAAUGUGCUCCCRUUGCAUUGUACCAUGCCUUGGCCAAGGGCUGUGGACCAUUCUACAUAUAUAUAUAAAACUAUAUAUACACACGUAUUUGUUUUGUUUUUGAUUAUGAAUAUCUUCUAAUUCUGCAGAAAACUCUAGGGAGCCCUAAACUGCCUUUUGGACACCAGGAGAGAGCAGCAGCACAUUCCCGUCGGGCUGCCUCCCUUUCCCUAUUCCCUGUGAGUCCGAGCUGCUUCUGUCAGCCAGGAGUCCUUUACAAGAGCCCCAGAGCAGGAGUUCACAAGUAAUUAAAAAUAUAACCCAGGAAAAACAGACUUGAGUUCUGUGGCAGGCAACCAGCUAUGGAGCCAGGUGGAGAACGGGCUGUUUUCCUUUGAACUUGCUCCCUGGUKUGGCAUCUUUAGCCAAGAAAAUGGCUCAAUUGGGAAACUUGAGUUUUACCAAUAAAGCGUAAUUUGGGGCCCGUAGGAGCUGGCCCGUUCUGCCUCUUACUGGUAGAGCUCUGCAGUUCUGCCUCUGCUGGGAAGCACAGGGACCGUUUUUGUCAAUGGGCCUUUUUCCCCUCUUGUCUUGCCUGUAGUGCGCUGAUGAAAGGGAGGGGGAAAAUACUGCAGUUUGUGCGUUUUUGCCACCUCGUGUGGUGCAUUGGCCAGUGGCCACUCGCAGCUUCGCCCUUCCUCGUGCCCAGGUAAAUGAGCAGGUGCUGCAAGUUUAGAACCUCCCCCUGUCCCGGAGUGGGAUCCCCCUCGGGAAAACCUCCGCAAAGCUGAAGGGUUUUCAUGCAUGAAACCUCCUUGUGUCCAUGUCCUGAUUAUUCAUAUCCUCAUUUCUGUCCUUAAGGGCUGGUGCUGAGCCGGCCUGCUUUAUUUCGAAUUGCUGCAUUCRGGGGUCCAGAAAUCGUCCCUCAUGCCCUUAUUUAAAACAUGUAUGUCAAACCAAAGCUUAUAAAGUGAUGAAGGAGAUUGGUAGGUGACUUUUCUUGCGUCCAUUCCUUCCCGCCGCCACCUUUUUUUCUUUUUCUGCCGAUUUUGGGCAUUCCUUUUGUUAAUGCCAAGCCGGGUAAAGAGAAGGUGUGUUGCCUUCCACUUAAAUUUUCUUGUUUGCAAGGGCUUAUCCCUGCCCCCUAAACCCCCUCUCAUAUUUGUAAGCAUUGCACAAACAGCACUGUUGUAAACAGUUCAGACUCAAAGUAUUUCAGAGUUUUCAGUUUGCAUCAUCUCUCAAAUUAUGCAGCAUCUGUCUUUUGGGGUUUUUUUUUUUCCAUUUUUUCUUCUUUUGGAGUACUGUUAAGACCUCUGUCAGACUUUUAUAUUAUUUCAUUAUAAUAAACUUAUUUUAAAUAAGCAUGUUUUAAAAAUCUCACUUCCUCCGUGCAUGGGUUUUUGUUUCUUUUGGYGAAGCAGAGGGCCUGGAGCUCUCCUGGGCCUGCCGGCCCUUCUGGGAGCUGCGUGACCGUCGCCAGCCUCCUGUUUCUGGUUGAUGGAAACUACAUGUAUGUAUCUUUGUACG